AAAUACUAUAUGAUGAAAUGCUUCACCACAAUCCUUUGUGUUUUUAAUCAUAUUAAAAUGGAUUUUUGCUUCCUAAUUAUAGUUAAAGAUUGAAUUAUUUGUCUCUUUCUUCUCACCAGAAGGGGAGCCUUGGAGUAACUGGUAAAGUUGCUGCAAUGUGAUCAGGAGGUCACGGGUUCAAGUCUUGGUUAAUUUCUAUGCAUGGGUGUGGUUAACAAAUACUAUAUGGUUAAAUGCUUCACCACAACGUUCUGUGUUUUUCCUCAUAUAAAAUGGAUCUAAAUGUUGUUUUCUUGUUCUUUUUGUUCCCUAAUUUUUGUUAAAGAUUGGAUUUUUUGUCACUUUCUUGGCACCCUUUUAGUUUCUGUUCAUGGGUGUGGUUAACAAAUAUCCCUACAUUAUAAUAAUCCUUUCUGUUUUGUUUUCCUCAUAUCAAAAUGGGUACAAUAUUGUUUUCUUGCUCUUUUUGCUGACCGAUUAUAGUAAAAGAUUGGAUUUUUUUCUCUUUCUGGCCACCCUUUUAUUUUCCAUUCAUGGGUGUGGUUGCCAAAUACUAUAAGCUUAAAUGUUUCACUACAUUCCUUUGUGUUUUUCCUCAUAUCAGAAUGGGUUUAAACGUUGUUUUCUUGCUCCUUUUGCUCCCUAAUUAUAGCUAAACAUUGAUUUUUUUUUUUCUGUUUCUGGUCACCCUUUUAGUUUCUGUUCAUGGGUGUAGUUAACAAAUAUCCCUAUAUUAUAACAAUCCUUUCUGUUUCCUCAUUCAAAAUGGCUACUAUGUUGUUUUCUUGCUCUUCUUAUUUGAUAAUUAUAGUUGAAGAAUGGAUUUUUUAUCUCUUUUUGGACACCCUUUAGUUUCCAUCAUGGAUGUGGUUAACAAAUGUAUGGUUUACAUGCUUCAUCACAAUCCUUUGUGUUUUUCUCAUAUCAAAAUAUGUGCAAUUUUGUUUUCUUGCUCCUUCUGUUUGCCAAUAAUAGUUAAAGAUUGAAGUUUUUUUCUUUUUCUUGGCACCCUUUUAGUUUUUGUACAUGGAUGUGGUUAACAAAUACUCUUACAUGGUUCACAACAAUCCUUUGUGUUUUUUCUCAUAUCAAAAUGGGUAAAAUGUUGUUUCCUUGCUCUUUUUGUUUGUUAAUAAUAGUUAAAGAUUGAAUGUUUUACCUCUUUCUGCAACGACCCAACCUGCUAGUGAUAUUGUUUGCUUUGGGCCAAGACCCGUACAACUUUAAAAUGUGUCGCUGGGGUGCAUUAUCACUUGUGGGUUUGGCCGUUACAAAUGGUAUAUAGUCACUUUUGUGUCAUUCUUGUCGAUGUGAGCCAGAGUUCAAACUGAGUUUAGGGAAAUCCGGUAAGGCGGGUCAAUCCUCAGUCUUGAGUCUAGGCAAAUCCCAUGUGAUAGAGCAAACCUCAGCGAGGACGCUUAGUCCAUAAGAGGGGGUGUAUGCGACACUCCAACUUAGGAUAAGAAGUCCCACUUCGGCAAAACACAUGAGAGAUGUUGGAUAUAUAAGUAAGCGGCCUAGCGUUUUAAGGCCAUGCGGAUCGAGGCCCAGAGCGGACAAUAUCACUAGCGGGUUGGGCCAUUACACUUUCUUGAAACCCUUUUAGUUUCCAUUCAUGGGCGUGGUUAACAAAUACCAUAUGGUGAGAUGCCUCACCACAUUCCUUUGUACCUUUCCUCAUAUAAAAAGGGGUUUAAAUGUUGUUUUCUUGUUCUUCUUGCUCCCUAAUUAUAGUUAAAGAGGAUUGAAUUUUUUGUCUAUUUCUUGGUACCCUUUUAGUUUCCAUCAUGGGUGUGGUUAACAAAUAUAUGGUUACAUGCUAAAUGCUACACCACAAUCUUUUGUGUUUUUCCUCAUAUCAAAAUGGGUACAAUAUUUUUUCUUGCUGUCUUUGUUCUCCAAUUAUGGUUAAACAUUGAAUCUUCUAUUCUCUUUCUGGACACCUUUUUAGUUUCUGUUCAUGGGUGUGGUUAACAAAUAUAUGAGUACAUGCUUCGUCACAAUCCUGUGUUUUGCCGUCAUAUCAGAUGGGUUUAAAUGUUGUUUUCUUGCUCUUUUUGUUUGCUAAUUGUAGUAAAAGAUUGAAUAUUUUGUCUCUUUCUUGACACCCUUUUAGUUUCGAUUCAAGCGUGUCAUUAACAAAUAGCGGGUUACAUUCUUCACAACAACUUUUGAGCCGAGGGUCUAUUGGAAACAGUGUCUCUACGUUCUCGAGGUAGUAAGAAAAUUAGGUUUUUCCGGUUGCAAGGGACCAAUAAUGAUGUCAAGGAGGCCUAUCAACCCAUCUCGACGUUUAGCAGAUAAUGGAGCUGCUUUAUUAGAAGGCUCAAUUCGGUCAAAGACACGGCCUCCCCCAUAUUUAACAAUUGGACUUAUUAUUGUGGGAGCAUUUCUUCUCGUAGGGUAUUUUUACCGUGGCACAGGUACCUUUGCCAGUAUUAAAGGAGCUAUCAGUAGAGUGGAAGGGGAUUUUUCGUGUAAUGUAGAGGUUCAAAAGGUUAUUCCUUUUUUGAAGAAAGCAUACGGCGAUAGCAUGCAUAAGGUGCUGCAUGUUGGUCCUGAUACUUGCUCGGUAGUUGCUAAAUUGUUAGAACAGGAAGAUACUCAAGCUUGGGGUAUAGAACCAUAUGAUGUUGAGGAUGAAGGUCAUUUCUGCAAGAAACUCGUGCAUAAGGGCAUUGUUCGCGUGGCUGACAUAAAAUUUCCUCUUCCUUAUCGUGCAAAAUCAUUUUCUCUUGUGAUCGUCUCUGAUGCUUUAGACUACUUGUCUCCAAAGUAUCUUAAUAGGACCCUUCCCGAACUGGCGAGGGUGUCAUCUGAUGGACUCCUUAUUUUCACGGGUUAUCCACGUCACCAUAAAGCUAAGAAUACAGAUAAGUCCAGAUUUGGGGGGCUGGCCAAAUUGAGAAGCUCAACGUGGUGGAUACGAUAUUUUGUUCAAACAAGUUUAGAGGAAAAUGAAGUCGCCAUCAAGAAAUUCGAGCAAGCUGCUUCGAAGAAAUCAUAUGUUCCUAGUUGCCAAAUUUUCCACCUGAGAUCAUACCGCUGAUAUAACAAUUACAUGAAAGUUAUACACAGAAGGAACCGUACGAGUAUAGCUUGUGAUGAUGAUGGUCAAGAAUGUUAUGACAACUUUCAGCUGUUGUGUUGAUAAGUUAUUCAGAGUAGCAGCAAGUGUUCUCCUUAUAGUGUAUUCUCAUGGGGUUAUUGCAAGUUUGUUGAUUUAUUGCGAAAAUGAGAAUUAAAUUGCUAUUUCAUGGGACACUUUUUGUGAUUCUGGUUUUAAUGGCCAAUUAAGCCAAAUGAUAUACAUCAUCUAAAUUUCUCUUUUGGUUC